AUGAAAAUGAUCUCACCUCCUUCGUCAGCGGCGUCCUCGUAUUCCUCUAAUUUAUCUUCGUCACUUUCAAGUAUAUGUACAAUCGAUCGCCAAUAUGAAUUGCAUCAACGUCAUCAGCAACUCUUGUCAAGACGGUAUGAUGAUUUCUAUGAUAUCAAGAUCACAACCACCACUACCACCGAUUUCGAUACUGAAGAUGAUUGUUAUUCCAACAGUUACUAUUCUACCAGUGCUCCUAUCGAAAUCCCGGGAUCGGAUUGCUCUACUGGAAAUGAACAAGCUUUGGAGAUUAAUAAAGGGACGUUCGGCGAAAAUUCUCAUCUUUUCAAUUGA